CUCUCACUCCUCGAGGAGCUGGAUUUCUGCUUGCGCGGGUCGGAGGGGAGGGGCUCUGGGGUGGGGAUGGCGGCACCAGUGACGCCCCUCCUCCUCCUCCUCCUCCUCCUCCUCCUCGAGGAGCUGGAUUUCUGCUUGCAGGGAUCAGGCCGGGCGCGCAGGCGCCUCCGGGCCUGGGAGUUUGCGCCCUGGGGAUGUCGCCUUGGUUAGGCCAGGGAAUGCCGAAUGUGCUUGGGAGAAAGGGCGCGUUGCAGAGCUGGAAAAGGGCAGCCAAGCUGAUCAAGGGGAUGGACGAUUAAGCGGAAAGGCAGCACCAUCUGAAGCGCACACAAUUCCGUACAGUGCGCAGAUGAAAGUGGACAGAGAAAAGUUGUUUUCUCGCAUAACAAGUAGAACUCGUGGAUCCCUUCUGGAGCUGGACGUUGGGAGAUUAAGGCCACUAGAUGUGUUGAUGGCCACCCACUUGGAUGGCUUGAAAAGAGCAUUGGACACAUUUAAUGGAGGAGGAGGAGACCACAAGGGAUUACUCUUCCCAAUGGCUGCGUUCCCCCUCCAAGGACGGAGGCUGCCUGCUCCUGAUUUCAGUUGCUGGGAAUUGCAAGUGGGCGGAGGGCUGCCGUUGCGCUCAAGACCCGCUGGGGCACCUGGUUGGCCACCAUGGGGAGAGAAUGCUGGCCUAGAUGGGCCCCUCUGGCCUGAUCCAGCAGCCAGGCUCUUCUUGGGGAGUAAGCAGUGCCCUUCAGCAUCAUCACCAUUUUUUUUUUUUUGCUUCACCAAAUCCAGCUUUCUUGCAGGGCCCAAGUGGGGCCAUGUCUGCGUUGCUCUUCAGCCUUGUUGGAGAGCUGACCUGGCCAGAUGCCAGAUGGCAGCCUCUUCCCAAAGGAUCGUCAGGCAAGGCCCGUGCAUGUUUGCUCAGAAGCAAGUCCCACUGGGCUCCAAUUCCUCGGACCAGACCUUCGGUCUUGCGGCCAAUUGGCAGCACAGUUCCGACAUGUUCUGGUCUCGUGACUUCCCUCUGGCCUGGAAUCUGUGCUGCAGAAAAGAGGGUGGUUCAGGAGAGAGACGAGAGGUUGGCCUCCUUUGGGCAAGAUGGCCUUAUGUUUAUUAAAGCUGUUGUAAGAUGUGUUGAAUCUGUUGCUGGCAAGAAAAAGCCCAUUGCAGGGUUAGGAAUUCUUAGGGAAGGGCUGGCCAGCAGGAGAACAGCAGCCCUGAGGCCCUUUUUCUUUUUCUGUGGAAAUGGUGAGUGUAGUCUUGAUCUCCACACCAGUGUGGCUGUCUGCUUGGGAAGCUGGCAUGGCCAGGCUCUGUCUGUGGCCCUGGCCCUUGCUUGGCAGUGUGGACGAAGAGCCACACGCCUCUUCUGCUCUGCUGCGGGAGCCGCCAGCCUAAGCUCUUCCUUCUCCCUGCAGACUGUGCGGAUCGGUGAAGAGACAGCUUGGGGAAAGCUGCCUGUGCCCUGUGAGGCUCCCCGGGGGAAGCAGCCGUGGGGGCAGCCACUGCCUCCUCCUCCUCCUCCUCCUCCGCCUCUAUUUAGCCAGCAGCCUGAAACAUGCAGCAGUAGCGGGAUGGUUGGCCUCCCAGCCUGGAAUGUCGUCCUGGACGACCACCCUUGAGGGCGAAGGGACAACCCCCAAGUUCUUUGUUGGCUCUCGAGAUGACGAGGUGGAUUUCCUGGGAUCAGACAUGAAGAUGGACGAGACUGAUUUCUUUGAGGAUGAGGAGGAGGAGGAAGAGUUGCCUCCGGAACGGCAGAUUGUGGUUGGCAUUUGUGCCAUGACCAAAAAGUCCAAAUCAAAGCCCAUGACGCAGAUCUUGGAGAGGCUGUGCAAGUUUGAGUACAUCACGGUAGUGAUCAUGGGGGAGGACGUCAUCCUGAAUGAACCUGUGGAGAACUGGCCGCCCUGUGACUGCCUCAUCUCCUUCCACUCCAAAGGGUUUCCGCUGGACAAGGCCGUUGCGUACGCCAAGCUCCGCAGCCCUUUUCUGAUUAAUGACCUUGAUAUGCAGUAUUACAUCCAGGACAGGCGGGAGGUCUACCGGAUCUUGCAGGAAGAGGGAAUAGACCUGCCUCGCUACGCUGUGCUCAACCGGGACCCUGACAAGCCGGACGAGUGCAACCUUGUGGAAGGAGAGGAUCACGUGGAGGUGAACGGAGCAAUUUUCCCCAAGCCCUUUGUGGAGAAGCCCGUCAGUGCAGAAGACCACAAUGUCUAUAUCUACUAUCCCACCUCAGCUGGUGGGGGCAGCCAGCGCCUUUUCCGCAAGAUUGGAAGCCGGAGCAGCGUCUAUUCCCCAGAGAGCAGCGUACGGAAAACCGGAUCAUACAUUUACGAGGAGUUCAUGCCGACAGACGGCACAGAUGUCAAGGUGUACACAGUCGGCCCAGACUACGCACACGCGGAGGCCCGGAAGUCUCCUGCUCUGGACGGAAAAGUUGAACGUGACAGCGAAGGCAAAGAGAUCCGCUACCCAGUUAUGCUAACGGCCAUAGAGAAGCUGGUGGCCAGGAAAGUCUGCGUGGCUUUCAAGCAGACGGUAUGCGGCUUUGACCUCCUGCGGGCCAACGGCCACUCCUUUGUCUGUGACGUCAACGGCUUCAGUUUUGUGAAGAAUUCCAUGAAAUAUUAUGACGAUUGCGCCAAGAUCCUGGGGAACAUCAUCAUGCGUGAGCUGGCUCCCCAGUUCCAGAUCCCCUGGUCCAUCCCCACAGAAGCAGAGGACAUCCCUAUUGUACCCACAACAUCGGGGACAAUGAUGGAGUUGCGCUGUGUGAUUGCAGUUAUACGGCACGGUGAUCGCACUCCCAAACAGAAGAUGAAGAUGGAAGUGAAGCACUCCAGGUUCUUUGCAUUAUUUGAGAAGUACGAGGGCUACAAGGCUGGGAAGCUGAAACUGAAGAAGCCAGAGCAGCUUCAGGAGGUGCUGGACAUUGCCCGCCAGCUGGUGCUGGAGGAAGGAGCUCAUAGUGACGCUGAGGCUGAGGAGUGGAAAUCCAAACUGGACCAGCUCAAGACUGUGCUGGAGAUGUAUGGGCACUUCUCUGGCAUCAACCGCAAAGUGCAGCUGACCUACCUGCCCCACGGGCACCUUAAAGCACCCAGCGAAGAGGAAGAUGCCCACAAGGAAGCUUCGCCAUCUCUGCUGCUGGUGCUGAAGUGGGGGGGUGAGCUGACUCCCACCGGAAGGGUCCAAGCAGAGGAACUGGGGCGAGCCUUUCGCUGCAUGUACCCAGGGGGCCAAGGGGACUAUGCCGGCUUCCCCGGAUGUGGGCUGCUUCGCCUGCACAGCACUUUCCGCCACGACCUCAAGAUUUAUGCCUCUGACGAGGGCAGAGUCCAGAUGACAGCGGCAGCAUUUGCAAAGGGCCUUCUUGCUCUGGAGGGAGAGCUGACGCCCAUCCUGGUGCAGAUGGUGAAGAGUGCCAACAUGAACGGCCUUCUGGACAGCGACAGCGACUCCCUCAACAGCUGCCAGCACAGGGUGAAGGCUCGCCUUCGGGAGAUUAUGCAGAAGGAUGCCCCCUUCAGUGAAGAGGACUACGAGAAGCUGGCACCAACAGGCAGCGUCUCACUCGUCAAGUCCAUGGGCAUAAUCCAGAAUCCUGUGGAGAUCUGUGACCAGGUCUUUCACCUGAUUGAGAGCCUCACGUCCCAGAUCCAGAAGCACCUGGAAGAUCCCAAGUCUGCAGACUUGCAGCUUUACCACAGCGAGACCCUGGAGCUGAUGCUUCAGCGCUGGCGGAAGCUGGAGCUGGACUUCCGCCUGAAGAACCAGCGCUAUGACAUCAGCAAGAUCCCCGACAUCUACGACUGCAUCAAAUACGACGUGCAACACAACACGGCCCUGAAGCUGGAGGGCACCUCUGAACUGUUCAGGCUCUCCAAGUCCCUGGCGGACAUUGUUAUUCCUCAGGAAUAUGGCAUUAACAAGCAAGAGAAGCUGGAGAUUGCUGUGGGUUUCUGCCUGCCCCUCAUCAGGAAGAUCCAGCUGGACCUGCAGAGGACCCACGAGGAUGAGUCUGUCAACAAGCUUCACCCCCUAUAUUCGAGAGGAGUCCUCUCUCCCGGGCGCCACGUCCGAACACGCUUGUACUUCACCAGUGAGAGCCACGUCCACUCCCUGCUCAGCGUCUUCCGCUACGGGGGCCUCCUGGAUGAAUCAAAAGACCCGCAAUGGAAGAGGGCCAUGGACUACCUCAGCGCCAUUUCGGAGCUGAACUACAUGACACAGAUUGUCAUCAUGCUGUAUGAAGACAACAACAAGGACCCGUCUUCUGAGGAAAGGUUCCACGUGGAGUUGCAUUUCAGCCCAGGGGUGAAGGGCUGUGAGGAGGAUGGCAGUGCCCCGGCCGGCUGUGGCUUUCGGCCUGCGUCAGCCGAGAAGGAAGUCAAGACGCCGGAGGAGCUGGCGAAGCCCCAGGCCGCCUCAGAGACGGACCACGCGCAGCACCUCUCCUCUCCGCCCUCGGAGCCCGUCUGUGUCCAGCGACGAUCUCCUCUGAUCCGGAACCGCAAGACCGGCUCCAUGGAGGUGCUGUCGGAGUCCUCCAGCAAGGCUGGUGGGUAUCGCCUCUUCUCCUACUCAAGGCAUUCCUCGGAAGUGAAGCAGAGUGGCCUAGGGUCACAGUGUGUGGGACUCUUCAGCACCACAGUCCUCGGAGGCUCCUCCAGUGCCCCAAACCUCCAGGAUUACGCCCGCAGCCACGGGAAAAAGUUUGCCUCCAACUUCCUGUACAAGGAUGAGCUCUUGUCUAUGCCGGCUGUAAAGCGGUUUUCUGUGUCAUUUGCAAAGCAUCCAACUAACGGUUUUGAAGGCUGCUCCAUGGUGCCAAGUAUCUACCCUUUGGAAACUCUGCACAACUCCCUCUCCCUGCGCCAGGUCAAUGAUUUCCUGACAGCCAUCUCCAGGAGCUGCAGCAACUCCCACCCUGAGGCCACCACAGCACUGUUUGACUCCCUGAUGGAGAACCAGGCGCCCGGUGAUGCCUUCCUGCCCCAGCAAAUGAUUUCCUUCUCUUCUCUGCUGCUGCGCCCCCGCUUGGAGAAGCCCCCGUGGUACAGCAGCGGUCCAUCCAGCACAGUCUCCAGCGCAGGCCCCUCGUCCCCAACCUUGUCGGUGGAGAGCUGCCCCCAGUUCAGCUUUGCUGAAAAAUCUCUGUUCAGCACUCAAGCCAGCAAGGAGCGGCUUGGCGGGCACCUGUCCAGGGAGGUCUCUCUUGGCAUGGAGGAAGGGAGCCUGCCGGGCAGCGGGGCCUGGAGGGAGAUCCUGGAAGUGGGUGCAGGAGGGCUGGAGCCACCUGUGCCAAGGCCCGGGGAGCAGCCCUUAAGAGGGGAGGCUGCAGCAGAGCCUAGGGGGGCUCCAUGGGUGCUGCAGAAGGCUCUUGGGGAAGGUGAGGUGUGUGCAUCUGAGGUGAUGCUGGUGGGGCAGGAGGAGGCAGAGUGUGUGCAGCUGCCAGAGCUGCUGGGGCUGUUGGACGUCCGCAGCAGAGGGUCAAGUGGACGGGGAGAGCUGGGCCUGCCUGGGAGAACACUGGAGGAGGAGGAGGAGGAGGAGGCGGCGGCAGGAGCGGGAGAAGCAGCCUGGGAAGAGGGUUGCUGAGCACCUUUCUCCCAAUUGGGGAGAGCACUUAGUCAGGAGAGGCUGCUGUCCAAGUGAGCAGCAGGCGGGAUGCCAGCAAAGGCCGAGGGGGACCCUUUCUUGCCCCAGCCGGGCACUGCCUGGGCCAGGGUGCUCUUCCUCCUCUGAAGCUUCGGCCUGUAGCUGCUGGCCGGAGGGGGCUGGGAGACACCCUCCAGGCGGUGCUGCCAGUUGAGGCACUGGCUCGGGUGGGGUGGAGAGGGGAGACCGUCUCCCCUGCAGUUUGUGUGCAGACAGUGAAAAGGUCUUCCUUGCUGGCGGGCAGCAGUGGGCGGCUCUUUUGGGAGCUUCAGCCUCGCUGGCAUCUGCCAGGAUAUCAAGCUGCUUUGAAGAAUCAGGUUUUCUUAGAAACACGUGGAUGAGAGGCCAAAUGGCGUACAGUGCAAAGCAAAUAUUUAAUAUAUUCUUAGCAUUGCCAGAGUGGGGCUGUGGGUCCAGGUGUUCCUCUACCUCUCCCCCCACGCCCCACUAUAAGGUCAGGAGUGUGUCUGUGGUUCAGAUUUGUCUGUGUUACUCUCACUAGGAAUUGUAAAAAUGCCCCCAGGAGUCCUUCUUGUGCUGUAUAUUGUGCGUGUAGUAAAAUC